AUGGAAAGUGAACAGAAACACUUCGAACGCAACGCAGUACGGAACGCCCUGUACGUGGCGAAUACGGAAAGCAAUUCUAACGCUGCUUUUCGAGCGUUCGCGACGCAGUGCAGUGUUGUGGUGGUGAUACGCUCAGCAGAGGAGUGCUGUAGUGGUGUUGCGCGUGUGCUGAUACGUGUCGUGCCGGUCCGAGUGUGGAUAUUCCGUCUCGCAGCAGUGAAGGUCAACUCGAUUGGUGGUGGAUCCCCACAGGGGAAAAAGCAAGCGGUUUCGCUGCUUUGCUGUUGGAGCGACAGCAUAGUUCACAGCCGCUCCAUGGCGGCGGGUGGAUUGUCUAUCCCUCCGGACCUUUUAUCCGGUUCAGGGGGUGAAGAAUCCGAAAUGGAUUUCUCUGACAUCCCGAAAAACGAUGUAGAUGGCUUCUUUGACGUUAUAAAAAAACGAAAAAGAGCGCGCAAAACUGUCUCGCCUGUGCCACCCACUAAUGAUGUAACAGUUCGGGUGAAGAAAUAUAAGGAAGACCAACCUGGACUUCGUUGGGUAGUUUUCUUCCGGCCCAGAAACAAACCCCUAAAGGUCGUUCAGAUCUGUAAACUUCUGCGAAAAAGAUAUACCAGCUUGGUAGAGGUUUGUAAAGUUAAAGCCGAUAAACUGAAGGCCACAUUUUCUGAUCUUCAACAUGCAAAUGCAGUUGUUGAAGAUAAAAAUUUUACGAUCGAGUACCGGGUGUAUAUUCCGGCUCGAGCAACUGAGAUCGAGGGCGUCAUAACGGAACCCGAUCUCACAGAGAAAGAAGUUAUGGAAGGAGCGGGUCGUUUCAAAAACCCAAACCUCCCAGAAAUUAAAGUCUUAGAGUGCCGGAGAAUGUACUCUAAGGACAACACGGGUAGCUACUCUCCGAACGAUUCGUUUCGAGUCACCUUCGAAGGGAAAGUGCUCCCAGAUUUCUUCGAGCUGUACAAGCUCAGACUACCGGUACGACUUUUUAUCCCAAAAGUCAUGUCGUGUACAAAUUGUCUGCAGCUAGGGCACACGAAAACCUACUGCAGCAAUAAAACCAAAUGCUGCAAGUGUGGGGAAAUUAUGGAGAGUAACCAUGCUUGUAGUGAACAGGAAGCAAAAUGCUCCCUAUGUGGUGGUAGCCCACACAAAGUCGAGACGUGCGAAAAAUAUAAGCUACGGUUUGACGCACUGAAAAAAUCGACAAAACAACGUAGUAAGCAGUCUUUCGCACAGAUGCUAAAGACUGCCCUACAGCAGGAAGAAAAUCGUUACUCCAGUUUGGAGAACGAUGAUUCGAAUGAUGACGAGGAGGAUUAUCAACCACUCCCGUCAACCGGAGCUGUGCGAAAACGGCCAAGUGCAUCUUCUCCUAAACUCCCCAGAAAGGAGCAGAAGAAGACGCCAACUGAUACUCCACAAGGUUCCGCUCCAAAGCAAAAUGCUAAAGCGACUCCUCCUGGUUUCAGAGUUAACUACGAUCAGGAGUUUCCUAAACUUCCAGGGAAACAAUCUGCUACCACCCCUAAACUGUCGACGGAGUCUGAAAUACCGUCUACUGAUGGGCGUAUUUCAUUCAAAAUGAUCGUUGAAUGGAUAUUCACCACUUUUGGUUUAUCCGAUGCUCUUAAAAGUAUGAUUUCGGCUUGGCUUCCAACAAUUUGCAUGUUGGGUAAGCAACUAAGCACCAAAUGGCCCCUCCUCGCGUUCGUAGUUAAUUUUUGGCUCGCAACUCAUGGCUGUCAAAAGUUACACAGAAAAAAAUCGCUGUUGCUUGUGUUCACCUGUGUAUACAAAAUAAAAUUGUUUGUUUUAUUCUGUUUUAUUAGCUCUUAUUCAUGUGAUAUACUUUAUUCAUUUACCCUAAAAAAUUGUGUUUGUGAAAAUUUUGUAAUGAAUGACCCUACUGAUUAUGUCGUGUAUGGCUAUACUAUCGGUAACCAAGUGUUCCAACUUAAACGAGACUUUGUGGCCCAACAAGAUUCCCCAAAAAUUGUCCAGGUGAUACCAGCUGGAACAGUUGUUCAUUCGGGACCAUCGACAAUCCGUAUUCUCGAGAAUUUUCAACUCCGUCAGCCCGCUCAACAACAUUGCCAAACGGUUCUCGGUCAACAUAAUGAUACCGCGAUUCCCAUAGUCGUUGAAAGUAUUUCGCUACCCGUGAAUAAUGAAUCCGAUAAAACAAGCAACACAAUUGUUGCAAAUCAAGCGAAUACGCAAUUGAUUGUAACUUCGGACUCCACCGCGUUGGUGAAACCCGAAAAGCUGAAUGCCAUUGCACCAUGCUCGAAAGCAGAUGCAGAUGACACGAGAAACGAACUGAAACCAAAGAGAGUACCGGCGAAAAUACGUAAAACGGUCCGCAUUAAGCCACCAGAUUUAUCAUUAGACACAGAAAAACAAAACAUUAACAAGACUUCUACCAAAGCGAAAAGAGACUUUAUCUAUGAAUGUGACAUCUGCGACAGUCGUUUUCUAGCAGCGGUAUCGCUUAGAAUCCACAAAACUGGCCAUAGCUAUGGAACGCCCGAACAGAAAAAAGCAUACCCGUGCCGCUUUUGCGGACGGCAAUUUUCGCAUCCUCAAACACUCGGCGAUCACGAAAAGGUGCACAUCGAUGACCGCUACAAUUGUGAUGCAUGUGGAGCCCGAUACAGCUCGAAAAGUGGCCUCCGUAACCAUUUGGGUAAAAACGAAGAAUGCAACAGCAGCUACCAACGACAGAAGUUGGCUCGCAAGCAGGAGGAAGAAGAACUGAAGGAGCAUAGCUGUGAGGUUUGCGGCAAAAAGUAUCGUCACCGAAAGUCACUGCUGGAGCACCGCAGUUUGCACUUUCGAAACAAACAGUACCGGUGCGAUCGAUGCGGGGUAAUGUUCGAAACGACUGGGGGAUGGCGGAAGCAUCGCGCCAACCAACGAUGUGAGUUUAGUAAGAGUAAAUAUAGAGAUCCGGGUGAGAGCGAUGAGGUUUUCAUACCGAAGGAGAGGAAACAUUUUGCGGAACAGAUUAAAAAGAAAGAAGUUAAAUCGAAUAAAAAAUUAAAGAGCAGGCGUGUUUCCAAAAGAAAAAGGAAAAUUAGUGUAAGUAGUUGUGAAAAUAACGAUGGCAGUAAUCUGCGAGAAGAUGACGUAAGUGAUAGUGAGAAAAAAUUUCGGACACCAGAGUUCUCAUAUUGCCAGAUAGAAAUAGUCACUGUUCCUGCAGUAAAUUUAGAUGAUGAAAAUUCCGAUCCCAAUACCGACCAUCUCAGCGAAGAUGAAACUCCUCAAAACGCAUUAAAUGUCGAUGAGGAAAUUAAGGAAGAAAAUUCGAGCGAUAAUGAGCUGCAUGAUUGGCCACUGGAUACCCCAUCGGGAGAAACAAAAAUUUCUGGGAAAGAAACAUCUUUCGACACAGAAGUAAAAAAUAACGCCGAAAUUAAUACAGAUCGUAACAAGCUUGAAAAUGAUUCUCAGGCAGAGAGGUCUCCCAAAAACACAGGAGAUAACACGAUUGACUUAAACCUGCCAGAGGAAGCUCUCUCGAAGCAAGAAUCAGUAGAAGAUACCGAUCUUAAAGAGCCAUCAUCCACAAGCAAUCGCAAACCUAAGGUUCACCAGUGCCUAACGUGCAACAAAACUUUCGCGCGUAGCUUUAUUUUAAAAAAUCAUCUCCGCAAGCACACAGGUGAGCGCCCAUUUCUCUGCGACAGUUGUCCCAAAUCAUUCGCAGAUGCAGCUUCUCUGAAAAUGCACUCUGUGGUGCAUACGGGUGAGAAACCCUUUCCGUGUCCGGAAUGUCCGGCACGUUUCGCACGUAAAAGUGGCCUGCGCAACCACGUAACCAUGCACUAUAAGCUGCCGUGUGACGAUUGUGACCAGAAAUUUCCCUCGCGAAAAACUCUAAUGCGUCACAAAGCCAAACAUCAGGGCGUCCGGCCGUUUUUGUGUGAAAUAUGCUCGAAAGAUUUCCGAACCAAAGCGGAUAUGAAAGCGCACAUGCGAAUCCAUUCGAACGAAAAGCGUUAUGCGUGCAAAAUCUGCUCGGCGCGCUUCAACUGUCCGUCGACGUUACGGAGACAUCGGAAUGUCCAUGCGCCACCCGAAACGCGUCCGGUUUGUGAGAGCUGCGGAAAGUCGUUCUCCUCUCGUCAAGCACUACAGAAACAUGAAAACAUCCAUCGGGAUCUGAAACCGUUCCAGUGCGAUAUCUGCUCCAAGUGCUUUCGCGUUAAAGAUCACCUAAAAAUUCAUCAACGGUCCCAUUCCGGUGACCGACCUUUCUCGUGCGAUCUUUGUCCAAAAAGAUUUGCAACAAAUGGCGACCUGCGGGUUCACUACCGGCGGCACACCGGGGAGAAACCGUACACUUGUGACGAUUGUGGGCUUGGGUUCGUAGUCACUGCAGGCCUGUAUCGGCAUCAGCAGCAAACUGGUCACCAAAGUAGCAAACCGACGGCUAUCAUUGUGCCGGAGUAUACGAGGGCCACAUAAGGUAAUUGUGCAAGGACUGUAGAGAAAAAAGCAAUUCGCUUCAAAAUCAAA